AUGGACCGGGAUCAAAUCCUGUGCCGCGGUGUACCUGCCGAGUCCCAGGGCAGUUUCGCACCCCUUUACGGUGUUGGGUGGGAGGUCUUGAACCCUCGGCGACCAUAUGCAUCACGUCUUUCUUUCGCCGUCAGUGUCUCCGGCUCAGAACAUCCAUCCAGUCUGACGAAGACCGUCAUCUACCUACCUGAGCUGGACAUCCCAGCGCUAUCGAAAUUCAACUCAAAAUAUAACAUCACUCCAGAUAGCAUCUUUGAUGCUGCAUGGGCACAAACUCUCAGUUUUUUUACAGGUUCGCCGGACGUGACAUACGAAUAUUUUGUCUCUAAUAGAGACCUGGAAGUAGACGGGAUCUUUGAUAUUGUUGGGCCGGUCAUGAACCUUCUGGCCUACCAUCUACGUGAUGUUUCCACGGAUCACAAUCCGCAGGGGCUAGCAACUCUCGCUGAUAAAAUUCAAGAGCAAAGGUUACAGGAUGGCGGCCAUACUGCAAGUAAUCUUCGCGAGAUACUUCAAGACGACUUGACGAUGGAUCUGCCAUUCAACACUGCCUUGAAUUUCCGACGACCUCUCGACGUACAAACGGAGACUUUAAAGGUGUAUGAUCAUUUGAAGCGAUCAAGAGACCCUUGGCAUUUUGAUGUCUUGGUGCACACCUUGCAUAUCAUGGAUGACAAUAUCGUUCGGCCGUCGAUAGAGUUCGAUGCAAGGCUCUUUGGUGAGGAAAGAAUGCGAGAGGUGGCAAACGUAUUUUGGAGCAAAGUUCAAAUCGCCACUGCUUAG